AGGAACCAGAUGACCUUCACAUUUACUUAAAGAAAAACAACAACAAUUGCAAAAGAAAAUAUAAACGAGUGAACGGAAUUCUUUUUUUCACAUGAAGAACAAACAUAUAAAUGAUCUAGAUGAAACAAUUACAUGAAUAACAACGAAAUAAAGUGGAUAUUACAUGUGUCUGGAAACUGGUCCUGUCCGGAAAAUGGAACCCAACCAAUAUAGGAGAAAAAGCUCUAGCUUUCCUCUUAAUGAGUAUUAUCAAGUUACCCCUCAGAGUCAUUGCAUGUCUGGAGCAUAGAGGUGGCAGUCUACUCAAGAAAUACAAAGUCCAGUCUGCCUACAAACUUCAUCAGUUUGGUCUCCAGUUUAUAGUGAAAAAAGACUGGCAUUCUGGUAGGGCUACUAAAUCUUCACAUCUGUCAGAUCCAGAGAAUAAAGGGGAGCGCCAAAAGGGUAUUAACUUUGAUACCCUCGGAUCAUGGAACAGCAGGAUAGAAAUGACGAUUGAUAUUGAGAAAAGCAUCCAGAAAGGAAGUCUGAUUCCGGAAAUUCCUCUUGAUGAUGUUGGAACUGCUAGCUUGCUUGGAAGGCGUAAAGUAAAUGAAGACAGAUUUAGCAUAGAGCAGAUCUCAGAUGAUUUGUUAUAUUUUGCCAUAUUUGAUGGUCAUGGCGGUGCAACAGCAGUGGAUUUUGUACAGGCAUAUAUUCAACAUCACAUCAGUCAUUGGCUGUCUAGAACAACAGAUUUAUCGGAAGUCCUCAGGAAUAGUUUCAUUGAUGUUAACAAUCUGUUAACAAGACAUCUUUUUUUUUUUAAUGAUGUUUCAAAUGGAAGUACUGGAACAACAGCAACAGUUUGUCUCUUGCGAAAUAACAUAGAACUAGUUAUAGGACAUGUUGGGGAUUCUCGUGCAAUCUUGUGUCGUGAGUGUGAAGCUCUGCGGCUGUCACAUGAUCAUACACCAGAUGAUCCGGAAGAAUGUGGAAGAAUUAAGAAAGCUGGUGGUACAAUUACUGAAAAUAGUCUUGGCGUGCCGCAUGUCAAUGGGCGACUAACAAUGACAAGGAGUAUAGGAGAUAUUGAGCUCAAGGCUUUUGGUGUAACGGCAGAACCUCACAUUAGAUCUAUAAGGGUCAGCCAUGGAAGAGAUUCGUUUCUUAUAUUAACAACAGAUGGUGUCAGUUUUGUCCUCAGUGACCAAGAACUGAUGGAUAUUGUCACAAGUUGCCGUACCCCAACAGAAGCUGCCAAGUUUGUAACAGACCAAGCAUUACAGUUCGGUUCAGAGGAUAAUUCUACUGCGGUUGUUAUUCCAUUUGGAGCAUGGGGGAAGUACCAGAAUACUACACGGUCUAUUCCAUACAGCUUUGGAAGGAAUUUGUCAUCUAAUAGAUAUAGAUAAAUGAUUUUCAGUUAGUGUAGAAAUACCAGAAUACUUGGUCUAUUCCGUACAGCUUUUGAAGGAAUUAGACAUCUAAUACAUAUAGAUAAACUAUGUUCCUUAUGUGUGGAAAUCCAGAAUACUUGACAGUCUUUUGAAGAAAUAUGUCAUUUAACUGAUCACACAAGUUGACCACCCAUUUGUAAAGAUACAAGUAAAAUGUGUAUAUCUGAAGAACAUACUAUCUCAAGAAUAUAGCCAUGUUUGUUCCACAUAGUCAGGCAAAAUGUUUUCAGCUCACAUGAGUGUUUUGCUGAGGCGAGUUUUUGUGAUCACCCUGUGUCUGUUGUCUGUGGGCGUCAACUUUAUACUUGAUCAUCUCCUCUGACACUUUUUAUCAGAAUUUCACCAAACUUUGUCUGUAGCAUCUUGGCAAGUUCCACUUUCAAGUUUUUCAAAUGGUUCCACUUGAUCGAUUUAAAGAGCUGCCAGGGCUAAAAAUAGAAAAACAUUUAAACCACUUCUUCGCAUGAAAUACUUGAAGGGUCAUGACCAAACUUGGUCUUUAGCACCUUUAUAAAGGCCUCUAUCAAAUGUGUUCAAAUGGUUCCACUUAACUGAUUUAGGGGUCACUAGAGAUAAAAAUAGAAAAACAGUAUUACAACUUCUUCUCAUAAACCACCACUUUAUCAAAUUUGGUCUGUAGCAUCCUAGUAAUGUCAUCUUUUCAGUUUUAUUCAGUGUUUAUGCUUGACUUGUCAGAAUGUUUUUGUGGACAACUGUGAAUGUUUAAGAAUGGUGUGUAACUUGUGUGAUUGCUUGCUUUUAGGAAUCAUAUUUAUGAAUUUGGUAAGUAUCAGUCGGUAUGUUUUUAUCUAAUUUCUGGAAGAAUUUAUAUAAACAGCUUGAAAGCUUGACACUACGUUUGUACUCAUCCGUACUCCAGAUGUGUCCAUACUCAAAAUAACUCUAAUGUAAAAUUAUUCUUAAAAUUGUGCUCCUGUUUACCAAAUGUUGAAGUUAUGUGAACAAGUUUUGGUAAUUUCAUGUUUGUAAUAACGAGAGAUUAAAAAAAGUUGUUUCAAAAAUCUUCAGUAUGUGCUUUUAGUAAUGUUGUUGAUUUCAGGGCUCUGGUUAUGGAUAUUUAAAACAUGUUUACCGUUUCCAAGAACAACAGAAUGGUAAUUAAAAAAUGUACCGGAAUCGUCCUGAUGAUCUCUAGGUCAAGUUCGAAACUGGGUCAUGUGGGGUCAAAAACUAGGUCACUAGGCCAGAUCAAAGGAAAAUCUUGUUAACACUCCCAGAGUCAACAAUUUAAGUUUGAAACUCAUGAGAAUUGGUCAGAAUGUUUGUCUUGAUGACCUCUAGGUGAGGUUUGAAUCUGGGUCAUGUGGGAUCAAAAACCAGGUCACCUGGUCAAAUCAAAGUAAAAGCUUGUUAACACUGUAAAGGCCACAUUUAUGAUCCUAUCUUCAUGAAGCUUGGUCACAAUGUUUGUCUUAAUAAUCUCUAGGUCAAGUUCGAAACUGGGUCAUGUGGGGUCAAAAACUAGGUUAGUAGGCCAGAUCAAAGGAAAAUCUUGUUAACACUCGAGUCCACAGUUUAAGUUUGAAACUCUACACUCGAGUCCACAGUUUAAGUUUGAAACUCCUGACAAUUGGUCGGAAUGUUUGUCUGGAUGACCUCUAGGUCAAGUUUGAAUCUGGGUCAUGUAGGGUCAAAAACUAGGUCACCUGGUCAGAUCUAAGGAAAUGCUGUAGAGGCCACAUUUAUGACCCUAUCUUUAUGAAACUUGGUCAGAAUGUUUGUCUUGAUGAUCUUUAGGUCAUGUUUGAACUUGGUCAUGUGGUUUAAAAACUAGGUCACUAGGCCAAAUCAAAGGAAAAUCUUGUUAACACUCUAGAAACCACAUUUUAAGUUUAAAACUCAUGAGAAUUGGUUAGAAUGUUUUGCUUGAUGACCUAGGUCAUUCAAUCAAAACAAAGGAAAAGCUUGUUAACACUCUAGAGGUCACAUUUAUGACCAUACCUUCAUGAGACUUGGUCAGAAUGUUUGUCUUGAUGACUUAAGGUCAAGUUCGUAUCUUUAUCAUUUGAGGUCAAAAACUUGGUCACCUGAUCAAAUCAAAGGAAAAGCUUGUAUACACUCUAGAGGCCAAAUUUUUUACCCUAUCUUCGUGAAACUUGGUCAGAAUGUUUGUCUUAAUGAUCUCUAUGCCAAGUUUAAAACUGGGUCAUUUGAGGUCAAAAACUAGGUCAUUAGGUCAGUUCAAAGGAAAAGCUUGUUAACACUCUUGAAGCCACAUUUGUGACCCUAUCUUCAUGAAACUUGGUCAGAAUGUUUAUCUUGAUGAUUCCUAGGCCAAGAUUGAAACUGGAUCAUGUGGGGUCAAAAACUAGGUCACUUGAUCAAAUCAAAGGAAAAGUUUUUAACACUCGAGAGGCCAGAUUUAUGACCCUAUCUUCAUGAAACUUGGUCAAAAUGUUUGUCUUAAUGAUCUCUAGGUCAGCUUUAAAACUGGGUCAUAUGGGGUCAAAAACUAGGUCACUAGGUCAGUUCAAAGGAAAAGCUUGUUAACACUAGAGGCCACAUUUUUUACCCUAUCUUCAUGAAACUUAGAAUGUUUAUCUUGAUAAUCCCAAGGUUAAGUUCGAAUCUGGGUCAUGUGGGAUCAAAAAUUAGGUCACAUGCUCAAAUCAGAUGAAAAGGUUGUUAGCACUCUUGAGGCCAGAUCUAUGAUCCUAUCUUCUUGAAACUUGGUCAGAAUGUUUGUCUUGAUGAUCUCUAGGUCAAGUUUGAAACUGGGUCAUGUGGGGUAAAAAACUAGGUCAGUAGGCCAGAUCAACUCUGGUGAGCGAUAUAGGGCCAUCAUGGCCCUCUUGUUAAAAAUUUUACAUUUGGCUAAUUUUAUGUUUGUUUUUUAUUUUUCCAGUUCAGAUGUCUUGAUUCUUUUGUAAGUCAUCCAGUUUUUGAUUUCGUAACCUAGAAAUUAGAAAUUAAAGGUUCAUCUACUCCAGCCAUAAAUAUAUUCAUUUUGGAUUGAGACUGGAUUUCGCUUUCAACCUAUGUCAAACAAAAAUUACACACAUUUUGAUUAACCUGGUAUAUGAAAAAUGAAGAAUUCUCUGUCUUUUCAACUAUUAUCAGUUAUAAAUGAAAUUCUUCUAAAUUGCUUUAAUACUGACUUUCAAAUAUUAAUUUUGUGGCUAUGUAAUUGUUCCAAAGCAAUUAAAGGCUUGCUGUAACAGUU